UCACACAGGUGUUUUUCUGAAGGGAUACAAUAAUCACUUGCAACCUGCACGGUCUCAAACAGAGUACGGAGAAGAGCAACGGUCGGUAGUCGAGAUCUGUCGCGUGCACAGAAGAACCACACUAGAACCGGACAGAAAAAAACAACUCAAAACCUGUCAGACCAUCGGAGAAGUGAACUCGAACGAGCCUGAGAGAAAACGGAGCCUUUGUUUUCAGAAGCAGCAGGGAGCCGAACCGGAGGAAAGAUGAUGAGUUUUCUGCCAUACUUCUCCGCUGAGACCUGGACCCUCCUGGCCCUCCUCAUCACCCUCAUUGUAGUGUAUGGGUACUGGCCCUAUGGUGUGUUCACUAAGAUGGGUGUCCCUGGUCCCAAACCCCUACCUUACUUUGGCACAAUGAUGGAGUAUAGAAAGGGCAUCGCUAACUUUGACACAGAGUGCUUUCAGAAGUAUGGGAGAAUCUGGGGGAUCUAUGAUGGGAGGCAGCCUGUUCUGUGUAUCAUGGACAAAAGCAUGAUCAAGACCGUCCUGAUUAAAGAGUGUUACAACAUUUUCAUCAACCACAGGGACUUCUAUCUGAACGGCGAGAUGUUUGAUGCGUUGUCCGUUGCCAAGGACGAUACAUGGAAACGGAUCCGCAGUGUCCUCUCACCUUCCUUUACCUCUGGACGACUAAAAGAGAUGUUUGGUAUCAUGAAGCAGCACUCUGCUACCCUGCUGAAUGGAAUGAAGAAGAAGGCAGAUAAAGACCAGACCAUCGAAGUGAAGGAGUUCUUUGGGCCCUACAGUAUGGACGUGGUCACCAGCACAGCCUUCAGUGUGGAAAUGGACUCUCUGAACAACCCUUCAGACCCCUUCGUCUCCAACGUCAAGAAGAUGGUCAAGUUUGACAUUUUAAACCCACUGUUCCUCCUAGCCUCUUUGUUUCCCUUCACUGGUCCUAUCAUGGAGAAGAUGAAGUUUUCUUUCUUCCCGACUGCGGCGUUUGACUUCUUUUACGCCUCACUGGCUAAGAUCAAAUCUGGACGUGACACUGGGAAAUCAACUAAUCGGGUGGAUUUCUUACAGCUGAUGAUCGACUCUCAGAAAGACAGCGACACAAAGACAGGAGAGGAACAGAGUAAAGGACUGACUGAUCAUGAGAUCUUGUCUCAGGCCAUGAUCUUCAUCUUCGCCGGCUACGAGCCCUGCAGCAGUACGAUGAGUUUCCUGGCCUAUAACCUGGCAACCAACCCCUGUGUCAUGACCAAACUGCAGGAGGAGAUAGAUACUGUGUUCCCCAACAAGGCUCCAAUCCAGUACGAAGCUCUGAUGCAGAUGGACUAUUUGGACUGUGUGUUGAACGAGACUCUGAGACUGUACCCCGUCUCCCCGCGACUGGAUAGGGUCGCCAAGAAGACGGUGGAGAUCAACGGCAUCAUCAUCCCCAAAGACUGCGUUGUCAUGGUUCCCACGUGGACCCUCCACCGUGACCCAGAGAUCUGGCCCGACCCUGAGGAGUUCAAACCAGAGAGGUUCAGUAAGGAGAACAAGGAGUCUAUUGAUCCGUACACGUACAUGCCGUUUGGGGCGGGGCCCAGGAACUGUAUCGGGAUGCGCUUCGCCCUGAUCAUGAUCAAACUGGCCAUGGUCGAGAUCCUCCAGAGUUUCACUUUCUCCGUCUGCAACGAGACCGAGAUCCCGUUGGAGAUGGACAAGCAGAUUCUGCUGAUGCCAAAAAGACCAAUCAAAAUGAGGCUGGAGCCCCGUAGCAACACCUCUAGCAACACCCCCGCCACCUCUCUGAAGAGUCCAACAACAUGACCAAAUGCAGGAGUACCGUACCCUAUCCUGGUGUACUAUCGAUCGAUCACGCUAUCUACCUAUCACUCUUUCUAACUAUACUGAACAAAAAUCUAAACGCAACAUGGAACAAUUUAAAAGAAUUUUCUCUGCUACAGUUCACGUAAGGAAAUUAAUCAAUUGAAAUAAAUUAAUUAGGCCCUAAUCUACAGAUUUCACAUGACUGGGCAGUGGUGCAGCCAUGGCUGGGCCUAGGAGGGCAUAGGUCCACCCACUUGGGAGCCAAGCCGACCCACUGGGGAGCUAGCCACUCAGAAUGAGUUUUUCACACAAAAGGGCUUCAUUACAGAUAUAAAUACUCCUCCGCAUGCCCCCUCCCCCGCUGAUGAUCCGCAGGGGAAGAAGCCGAAUGUUGGGACGUACUGCCAAAUUCUCUAAAACAACUUUGGAGGUGGCAUAUGGUAGAGAAAUUAACAUUCAUUUAUCUGGCAACAGCUCUGGUGGACAUUCCUGCAGUCAGCAUGCUGACUGUGGCAUUGCGUUGUGUUGUGUGACAAAAUUGCACAUUUUAUAGUGGCCUGUUAUUUCCCCCAGCACAAGGUGCACCUGUGUAAUGAUCAUGCUGUUUAAUCAGCUUCUUGAUAUGCCACACCUGUCAGGUGGCUGGACAAUCUUGACAAAAAAUAAAAUGCUCACUAAUAGGGAUGUAAACAAAUUUGUGGACAACAUUUGAGAGAAAUUGGCUUUUUGUGAGUAUGGAACAAUUCUGGGAUCUUUUAUUUCAGGUCAUGAAACAUUUUUGUUAAGUAUAUCACAAUCUAUAUAUCUAUCUAUCUAUCUAUCUGUCUAUCUAUCUAUCUAUCUAUCUAUCUAUCUAUCUAUCUAUCUAUUGGCUACUGAAUAUUCAGUCCUUUUCCUGACCCUGCUAUAGGCUACUGAAUAUUCAGUCCUUAUCCUGAUCCUGCUAUAGGCUACUGAAUAUUCAGUCCUUAUCCUAACCCUGCUAUAGGCUACUGAAUAUUCAGUCCUUAUCCUGAUCCUGCUAUAGGUUACUGAAUAUUCAGUCCAUAUCCUAACCCUGCUAUAGGCUACUGAAUAUUCAGUCCUAACCCUGCUAUAGGCUACUGAAUAUUCAGUCCUAACCCUGCUAUAGGCUACUGAAUAUUCAGUCCUUACACUGACCCUGCUGUAGGCUACUGAAUAUUCAGUCCUAACCCUGCUAUAGGCUACUGAAUAUUCAGUCCUUACCCUGACCCUGCUGUAGGCUACUGAAUAUUCAGUCCUGACCCUGCUUUAGGCUACUGAAUAUUCAGUUCUGACCCUGUUAUAGGCUACUGAGUAUUCAGGCUGGGAUUCAAUAGGCUACUUAAUAUAAUAUGAUAAUAAGACUGCAUUCACGAUAAAUGUUGCAUAUGUCAGAUCAAUGAGAAACGUACUUUAAAACGGCACAUAGCUGACAAAGUGCUGGGAGUGAAUCCUGCUCUCAGUCUCAGUCUCGGUUUGAGUUGGACUCAGAAACCCAUUUCCACCAGAUGAAAGAAAGAUAGUAAUACUAUGGAUGCAUUAGGGGUACAUGUCUUGUUAAAGUUAGACACCAGGAGGUAUUAAAUCCAUGGCAUGAUGUCAUGUAGAACUCUAGCUGGUGUUCUGUAGAACUCUCAUUCUGUUCCUCUGGGGGUUCUGCUGUCCAGUCAUUCCAAAAUAGAAUCUUUACUGUCUGUUGAGAUGAUCCCUGCAGCUGCUUUGCUUCAACUUUAAUCAUCACAAACCAAUAAAAAUCAUCACACUAA